CGGAACGUUCACUUCACUAUUUUGUGGACGAAGUGUCAUGUCAAAAGACGCAACAGCUUCAAAAAUAAACAAUUAAAAAAACAAUCAAAUCUCAAUUCAAUGUAUUAGAUUUUACACAAAAUAAUGUGAAAAUACUAUUUUAAAGUGAUUCUUUAACUAUAGGUUCAAUUUUAAGUGAGUUUUGAAACAUAACCUAGAUCAGUCGCGAUUGUAAGAUGUUUUCGAUUUGCCGGCAAACGCACCCUGCUACAGGGAUUGAGCAUUCAGUGAGCUCGUGUUUCUUCAACAAUGAUGAGACGUGCCUCAUUACGGCUGGAGCGAAUAUCCUCAAGGUUUUCAGGCUGUUGCCUGAAGGCCAUACCAAGGAGGUUAACGCCGCUGGCCAGCCAAUACCCCCAAAGAUGAAGCUAGAAUGCCUAGCUACAUACACACUAUGGGGCAACGUAAUGUCUCUAGCAUCCGUCCGCUGUCCCAGCGCUGGCCGAGAUCUGAUACUGGUGUCAUUCAGAGAAGCCAAGCUGUCUGUACUACAGUAUGAUCCACAGACCGAUAACUUGAUCACGUUGAGCAUGCAUUAUUUUGAGGAGGAUGAUAUGAAGAAUGGUUGGACAACCCACCCCCACAUUCCAUGGAUCCGAGUGGACCCUGAGUGCCGAUGUGCAGUGAUGCUGCUGUACGGCAAGAAACUAGCUGUGUUACCAUUUAGAAAGGAUAUUACCAAUGAGGACGGAGAUCCUCUUGAGGCUAAGCCUCUUGAUAGUAAGAAAGCUCUACCAACACAGACAAUAAACCGUGCACCCACUUUGGCAUCCUAUGUGAUAGUGCUAAAAGAUCUGGAUGAGAAAAUAGACAAUAUUCUAGACAUACAGUUCCUACAUGGUUACUAUGAACCUACACUGUUGUUAUUGUAUGAACCUGUUAGGACUUUUGCUGGUCGUACAGCAGUCCGUAACGACACGUGUGCUAUGUGUGGCGUCAGCUUGAACAUGUCGGCUCGCGUGCACCCCGUGAUCUGGGCCACCGCGCACCUGCCCUUCGACUGCCUCAGGGCCGUGCCCGUGCAGAAGCCGCUCGGUGGAUGUCUAAUAAUGGCAGUGAACUCUCUGAUAUACUUGAAUCAGUCUGUGCCUCCGUACGGCGUAUCUUUGAACAGUAUAGCAACACAUACCACCAAUUUUCCGCUCAGAAUCCAAGAAGGAGUAUGCAUAACACUAGACGGGUCCUGCGUGGCCGGUCUCGGCGAGGGUCGGUUCGCUCUCUCCCUCAAAGGGGGACAGCUGUACGUGCUGACGCUGCUGGCUGACUCCGUGCGGACUGUCAGGAGCUUCCAUCUAGACAGGGCUGCGGCCUCCGUGCUUACUACCUGUAUGUGCGUAAUAGAAGAAGACUUUCUAUUCCUGGGCUCUCGUCUGGGCAACUCUCUUCUACUGAGAGUCACGGAGAGAGAGAACAGGAUGCUAUUCUCAGUAGAUAAGCCUUUGGAAGCCACUGUCGAUCUUACGGUGGCUGAGAAUGAACAACAAAUAAAUAAAGAGCAACAACAGAUCCGCGAGCAGUCAGACCCGGCCUCCAAGAAGCGUCGGUUGGACACCAUCAGUGAUUGUGUGGCCACCAACGUUAUAGAGAUCAGUGAUAAAGAUGAGUUGGAAGUGUAUGGGUCUGACAUCAGAACUUCUACGCAGCUUACUAGUUAUGUUUUUGAGGUAUGCGACUCCCUACUCAACAUCUGCCCUAUAGGCGACGUCUCCAUGGGAGAACCUCAACUGGUCAGCGAGGAACUGCCCCGAGCCCCAGACAACCCCGCCAUAGAACUGGUAGCUUGCAGCGGCCGCGGGAAGAACGGUGCUCUCACUGUCUUACAGCGGACUGUUAGACCCCAGUUGAUUACCGCCUUCAACUUGCCUGGUUGCCUAGACAUGUGGUCGGUGCUGGGCGAGGGUACGGAGGGCUCGCGGGAGGCGGACGGCACGCACGCGUACCUCAUACUCACGCAGGAGGACGGCAGCAUGGUGCUGCAGACUGGUCAAGAGAUCAACGAGGUAGACAACUCGGGCUUCAUGACGGGCUCGCCGACUAUAUUCGCGGGCAACCUCGGCAACAACAAGUUCAUGGUGCAGGUCACCACUACCGGCAUUAGACUUAUUAAGAACGGCGUCCAACUCCAAUCAGUGCAGCUGGAAUGGACGGCGGCGUACGCGGCGGCGGCCGACCCCUACCUGUGCGUGCAGUCGCUCUGCAACCGCGUGCUCGUGCUCGCGCUGCGGGAGUUCCGCGGGAAGGACGGGGCGUCAUCAGGUCGUCUGGCUCCGACUCGUCAAACAGUGCCGCAUCGACCGGGAGUGUUACGAGCUACCGUGUAUCGCGACCUUAGUGGACUGUUCACGCCGCCUGAUGCUCCUAAUGCACAAGUAAAAGGCGAGUUCACAGGUAAGAUGAAAGGCAAGAACGUGAAGGCCGAGGGCUUCAAGCCGGGCGCCGUGUACGAGCUCAACGAUGAAGACGAACUGCUGUAUGGCGGCGACCAGACUCCUGCUUCCAUGGCUAGCAUAAUGUUAGCAGAACAAUCAAAGAACCCCGGCGUCCCUCGCCGCAUCUCGCGCUGGUGGAAGAAAUACCUCGUGGAAGUUAAAGCCACCUACUGGCUGUUCGUGCUCCGCAUCAACGGCAACCUUGAGAUUUACUCGUUACCCGAGAUGAGGCUCAGCUUCCUCGUCAGAGAUGCCUGCGCUGGGAAUACUAUCCUAGCAGACAGCCUGGAAUCAGUCCCCAUUCCCAGUGGCGGCAUAGAAGACGAGGAGUUAAGCAGUGGUGGUCAGAACGUGGACGCGGACAAGUGCCGCGAGCUGCUGGUGGUGGGCGUGGGACACAAGGGCACCAGGGUCUUAAUGCUGAUGCGAUGUGAAGACCAGCUUAUGAUAUAUCAGGCAUACAAAUACCCUCGCGGCAACUUAAAGCUCCGCUUCAGUAGAUCCCGCGUGUCGUUCCCCUUCGGCUACAACGCCGCGCCGCUCACCGAGCCCGCCGACUCCUAUGAGACUGCUCUGCUGAAGGAAAAUGUUAGACAGUGCCGGUAUUUUGGUAACGUAGGCGGCUACAACGGCGUGUUCAUCUGCGGGGCCACCCCAUACUUCCUGUUCCUCUCAGCCCGAGGAGAACUGAGGCUGCACCCGCUGUGCUCGGAGGAAGCUCCCGUGCCUACCUUCGCACCGUUCAAUAAUACAAACUGCCCGCAGGGGUUCUUGUAUUUUAAUUCUAAGUCAUCCCUUCGCAUCAGUGCCCUCCCAACCCACUUAUCGUACGACGCAUGGUGGCCAGUCCGCAAAGUACCGCUCCGAGUGACUCCUCACUUCGUGACCUUCCACCUGGAGUCCAAGACCUACUGCCUCGUGGCCUCCACCCACCAGCCCACCACCUCGUACUACAAGUUCAACGGCGAGGACAAGGAGAAGACCAGCGACAACAAGGGGGAUAGAUUCCCCUACCCCCUCCAAGACCGUUUCUUCGUGACUCUCUUCUCGCCUGUAUCGUGGGAGAUCAUCCCCAACACUCGUAUAGAGCUGGACGAGUGGGAACAUGUCACGUGUCUCAAGAACGUCUGUCUGUCUUAUGAGGGAACUAGGUCCGGAUUGAGAGGCUACAUAGCGAUAGGAACAAACUACAAUUACAGUGAAGAUAUCACUUCUAGAGGGAGGAUAAUAAUCUACGAUAUCAUAGACGUUGUACCCGAGCCGGGACAGCCUCUUACAAAGAAUCGUUUCAAGGAGUUAUACGCUAAGGAACAAAAGGGACCCGUGACUGCUCUCACUCAAGUAUUGGGAUACCUCAUCUCUGCAGUUGGACAGAAGAUCUACAUCUGGCAACUUAAAGACAACGACUUAGUCGGCGUCGCGUUCAUAGACACACAGAUUUACGUGCACAAGAUGCUUUCUGUUAAGAACUUAGUUUUAGUCGCCGAUGUAUACAAGUCUAUAUCGCUGCUGAGAUAUCAAGCACAACACAGGACACUGUCCCUUGUGUCCAGGGACUUGAGAAGUGCACAGAUCUACGAGAUGGAGUUCAUGGUGGACGGCAGCGGGCUGGGCUUCGUGGUGAGCGAGGCGGACGGCAACCUCGCGCUCUUCAUGUACCAGCCGCAGGCACGGGAGAGCUACGGAGGUCAGCGUCUUAUUCGUAAGAGCGACUACCACCUGGGCCAGCAAGUGAACGCGAUGUUCCGCAUCGCUGCCACACACACCUCCGCGCAGCGACAUGUCACUAUGUUCACAACCCUGGACGGAGGAGUAGGCUACGUGCUGCCCAUCACGGAGAAGAUGUACCGGCGCCUGCUCAUGCUGCAGAACGUUAUGAACAACUACUGCUGCCAUAUAGCGGGACUCAACCCUAGGGCUUACAGAACGUACAAGUCCCGUCGCUCUCUGUCGGGCGGCGCGAUGCGCGGCAUACUGGACGGCGACCUCGUCACGCUCUACACCACCAUGCCUAACGCGGAGAAGGCUGAUAUCGCCAAAAAGAUCGGCACGAAAGUAGAAGAGAUAAUGUCUGAUUUGUACGAGAUAGACAGACUGACUGCACACUUCUAGAGUUACUUAGCAUAAGUUAGCUUACGUGUAAAUACAUACCGUCGUACCACAAGAACUUUUCAACGUCUGUUCAACACUUGUCUAAAAAAAUGUCUGAUUAUCACGUUGAAAUAAGGUUUGCAGCUUUUUUUAGACAAGUUUUCAACAAAUGUUUAAGUUUUUGUAGUAAGGCUAAUAAGGUUUAAAAAUAA